UGAGGAAUAAACUAGAGAAACAGACCUCAACUCAACUGCAUGCUUACUUUUUCAGUGGGACACACACAUGAUGACACGAGUGGCCUCAGUGGAGGAAUUGGAAAAUUUCUCGCGACCCAAUCAGCGCGUUCCCUCCACUCCCCGUCUCCGGUCUCGUCUCCACUGCAGUCCAGCGCGCGCUGCCAAACACUGGAACACACACUCCACCAUCCCCCGCGUCGCCUUCCUUCCAGCUUCCACCAUUCCCCAUGGUGCCCGAGUCCACGCUCCACUCCUCCAUUGCCAGUUUGCCACCACCGCCCGCACUUAUCCCCUUCCCUUUCUUGAUCGGUCGUCUCCUUCCAGUACGUCUGCCGCCACCCUGCCGCGCGCCACGAGCUGCAGUACUGCACGGCAGCAGUGCCCGCGUCAAUGGCCGUCGUCCUCCUCGCGCUGCUGCUCCUGGCCGCGACGCUGUUACUCGCGCCGUCCCCUGCCGCGCUCGCCGCCUUCUCCCCGAGCUUCGAAUGCUUCCUGGCGUGCGGCGCCGCCGACAACCUCUCCUUCCCGUCCGACUCCCCCGCGCGCGUCUUCGUCCCGGACGCCGCCUUCCUCUCCCCCGCGACCACCCCAGCGCUGGCGUCCUCGCAAGCGAGCUCCAGCGCUCUCUACGCCGCCGCGCGCGGCUCCAGCUCGGAGUUCUCUUACAGCAUCCCCUGCUCCAGCCCCGCCACGUUCCUCGUCCUCCGGCUCCACUUCUUCCCGCUCCCCGCCACUCCCUCCUCCAGCGCGCGAUUCGCCGUCUCUGUCCGCCACGGCGCAUACGCCCUGACCCUGCUCCAAUCCUUCUCGCCGCCGCCCGCCGGCGUCGUCAAGGAGUUCUUCCUCCCGGACGCCGGAUCAAACGGCGAGCUGCGCGUCACCUUCGCCCCGGCCUCCGGCUCCUCGGCCUUCGUCAACGCUCUGGAGCUCUUCCCCGCCCCGCCGGAGCUCCUCUGGAACGAGAACAGCCCGUACCCGUACACCCCCGUCGGCACCGCCGCGGACAACAACGCCACCGCCACGUGGCCGCAGCAGGCGCUGGAGACGCUGCACCGGCUCAACGUGGGCGGGCCCACGGUCAACAGCACGCUGGACACGCUGUGGCGCACCUGGCUCCCCGACGACGCCUUCCUCUACGGCGGCAUCGCCCAGACGACCGUGGGGAGCUCGAUCACCCCGGUUUUCGACCCGGACAACGGGUACACCCGGGAGGUGGCGCCGGACGUCGUGUACAAGACGCAGCGCUUCGCGAACGUGACGGACUACAUGCUGGCCACGAACCCGGGGAUCAGCUUCAACGUGACGUGGACGUUCCCGGCGGUGCCCGGCUCCGGCGGCUACCUCGUGCGGCUCCACUUCUGCGACUACGACAUGGUCAGCUCCGUCGUCGGCGUCGGCAUCGUGUUCGACGUCUACGUCGCGCAGGCUGUUGCGGCCAGGGACCUCAAGCUGGCGGAGCUUGGGAAGCGGGUUCCCAGCCAGGCCUUUUACUUCGACUACGCCGCCAUGGCGCCGAGUGCUGGCAACCUCACCGUCAGCAUCGGCAAGGCCAGGAGCACCGGUGGCAUGAUACUCAACGGGCUGGAGAUCAUGAAGCUGCUGCCACUCUCUGCCGUCAGCUCGCACGAAGGGAUGCCCAAGAGAACAAUCGUCAUCGCCGCGCUCGCGUCAGUGCUCGGCGCCGCCGUUCUUGCUUGCUCGGUGCUCUGUUUAGUCGUCCUGAUGCGGAGGCGGAAGAGGCGAAUGAGACCGGCGCCGGAGAAGGCGAGCACGACGAUGCCGCCGUGGUCGCCGUUCCGCGGCGGCUCUAGCUGGGUCGUUGACCAGUCAACGGACCACUCCGGCGAGGGCACGGGGAUGCAGCGCGUGAUCAGCACGAAGCUCCACAUCUCGCUGUCGGAGAUCAGGGCCGCCACGGAGGGCUUCCACGAGCGGAACCUCAUCGGCGUCGGCGGGUUCGGGAACGUGUACAAGGGCGCGCUGCACGACGGCACCCCCGUGGCCGUGAAGCGCGCCAUGCGGGCCUCCAAGCAGGGGCUGCCCGAGUUCCAGACGGAGAUCGUGGUGCUCUCCGGCAUCCGGCACCGGCACCUGGUGUCGCUCAUCGGGUACUGCGACGACCAGGCGGAGAUGAUCCUCGUGUACGAGUACAUGGAGCACGGCACGCUGCGUAGCCACCUCUACGGCUUCGACGACGACGACGACAAUUCCGAGCCGUUGUCGUGGAAGCAGAGGCUGGAGAUCUGCAUCGGGGCCGCCAGGGGGCUUCACUACCUCCACACGGGCUACUCGGAGAACAUCAUCCACCGGGACAUCAAGUCGACCAACAUCCUCCUCGGCAGCGAAGACGGCGUCCUGGUGGCCAAGGUGGCCGAUUUCGGGCUGUCACGUAUCGGGCCGUCCUUCGGGGAGACGCACGUGAGCACGGCCGUGAAGGGCAGCUUCGGGUACCUCGACCCGGAGUACUUCAAGACGCAGCAACUAACAGACCGAUCAGACGUCUACUCCUUCGGGGUCGUCCUGUUCGAGAUGCUCUGCGCAAGGCCGGUGAUCGACCAGAGCCUGGACCGGGACCAGAUCAACAUCGCCGAGUGGGCGGUCAGGAUGCACGGGCAAGGGCAGCUGGGCAAGAUCGUGGACCCGAGGAUGGCCAUGGCCGCCGGGGGGGUGGACGAGAACUCGCUGCGCAAGUUCGCCGAGACCGCCGAGAAGUGCCUGGCCGACUACGGCGUGGACCGGCCCUCCAUGGGCGACGUGCUGUGGAACCUCGAGUACUGCCUCCAGCUGCAGGAGACGCACGUCAGCAGGGACGCGUUCGAGGACAGCGGCGCCGUCACCGCCACGCGGCUCCCCGCUGGCGUCGUCGUGCCGCGGUGGGUGCCGGCGUCGACGAUGGAUGACGUGGAUGAUACCGGUAUGAGCAUUGGCAUGAGCGUGGUCGCGGACAGUAAGGUGUUCUCCCAGCUGAGCGCUGGCGGCGAGGGACGAUGAUCGAGUUAAUUAGCAGCACCGAUUUGAUUGUGCAAUCUGUACCAUACCUGUAUCAGUAUAUGCUUGAUACACAGGGUUCAGAAGUUGGAGCUCUUUGCCGAGCACGUUACACGGAACUCUGCAGCUAGACGCCGCAAGCUCUUUUGUCGCUUCCAUCUGGAGCACGGCAUGAGUACAUAUUAGAUCGCUGUGCCAUAGGUUCGCAUCCGGAUGCUACCCCUGUUGCCUGUGUAUCUCAUGCGUCUUUACACGUUCCUCAAGAUGCCAUCGACCCCAACCACAACUUCAGCAAGAAAGACCUGGAACUGAAUGAAAAAUGCGUGCCACCAAAACGAUGGAACAGCAAUUGAUAUCGCUAUCACAGUUUGCCGCGUCCUGAAAAAAAAACUCUCGGGCAUCGGUGUGAAGACAUUCAAGCUUCAAUUCUAUGAUCAUGUUUUCGAUGCCUGUAAUCUCAAUAGCUGGCUUCGGAUUGCCGUUGCGCUACGGCGUGAGGAACGGAACUUAUUCUGCCAUCAAAGUGCAAGGCAGAUCUCUACGAUUUCC